UUUCUCAAACUGGUUAGGUGACAUGUUCAAGGGGAGGGAACCGCAGUGGCUUUAUAAUAUAAAUAAGGCUAACGCACUGUUCAGUUACACAGCGUCAAGACAACUGUGAAGACUUCAAAGACCAACGGACUUUGCAAGACAUAACAAUGGAGGAGCUCAGGAUUGUGGUGGUGGGAAAGGCCGGAGCUGGGAAGACUUCACUCAUCAACACCAUCCUUGGGAAGGAGAGUACAGCGGAGUACUGUGGUUCAGAGUGCGAGGUGACCCAAGGAGUGUAUGAGAAGGAGCCGGUGGUUUUCAUCGAUACUCCUGGUCUUCUCCGCACCGACUUAACUAAAGAGAAGUUAACAGAGGAGCUCUUGAAAUGCAUCCUACGUGCUGCUCCUGGUCCUCACGUGUUCCUGUAUGUGAAGGAGAAGGAGCCUUUUACUACAGAGGAAGAGCGCGCUGUGAAUCAUCUUGAAGGGUAAUAAAAAUUCGAAGGCGUUCUUCUUGGGCGUUGUCAUGAGUGAUGAAAUCAUAACUGAGGAAGAUUGCGCUAUAAUACAGAGGAGCUUCAUGGGAAAAUUCGGCGGAUGCAUUGUUUUCAACACAGAAGAGCCCAACGUGUCCGAGCUAGUGAAGAAGAUCAAGGAGAUGGCUGAGAAACAGGGACAUUACACCAAUGAACUGAACAAGAAGACAAAGACAAUCAGCAAGAAUCAAGACAAAACAGUCAAAGCUACUGUUAAAAAAUUACAGCGUGGUCUUGUGGAGUUUUAUCAUUUACUGAAAAUACGUCUUAGCCAGUUAUUAGAUAUUUAGACGGUUAAAAUGCACCCUACUGCAAAUUAACAAAGGAAAAGCUAAGAAGCGAGGAAAUAAAGCACAGAGCUAUAGAUGUCGAUAUAUAGUGAGUGAAACACGUCCAUUCCCAAAACCUACAUCACCAGCAAAAUAUUUUUAUUUUAUUUAUUAUCAUGAAAAAGACAUUACAGAAUUUAAUAUUUAAGAUAUUUAUUUAAGAAUUCAUUUAAGAUAACAAAUCCAGUGAGUAAAUCCCCAAAACACACGUAAGGAUAAGUGAUUAAAUAACAGCUAUCAAAGAACAUGUGAUUCAAAGUAAAAAAAAAAAAAAAUCUAAAUUUAACUUCAGAAAAAAAAAAUCUUUUCAAAAUAUGGUGUAUACACCAAUAUUAGUAAGAUAAUAAUAAUGAUUAUUUUUUUUAGAUAUUUUAAAUAUUACUUGAAUAAAUAUUUCUCUUUGAAGUAAAAUGUGUGGACUUUAUUCAUGAUUUUUUUCUUUUUUGCCCUAUAUGUCUAUUAGAAACACAUGAAAGUACAAAAGUAUGCAACUGAUCCUGUAACUCAUUAUAAUGAUGAAGCUUUAUCAGAAUAAAAGGUUUAGAAACAAA